AUGCGGCUGAAAUACGUGACUCAGAAGUGCUCCCUGUACAGCUUCGUGAUCGUGCGCGUGAGUGCUGCUGUGAGUGAUGGUGCGAGUGAUGGUGGGAGUGAUGGUGUGAGUGAUGGUGCGAGUGAUGGUGCGAGUGAUGGUGGGAGUGAUGGUGCGAGUGAUGGUGCGAGUGAUGGUGCGAGUGAUGGUGCGAGUGAUGGUGCGAGUGAUGGUGCGAGUGAUGGUGCGAGUGAUGGUGCGAGUGAUGAUGGUGCGAGUGAUGGUGCGAGUGAUGGUGCGAGUGAUGGUGUGAGUGAUGGUGCGAGUGAUGGUGCGAGUGAUGGUGCGAGUGAUGGUGCGAGUGAUGGUGCGAGUGAUGGUGCGAGUGAUGGUGCGAGUGAUGGUGCGAGUGAUGGUGUGAGUGAUGGUGCGAGUGAUGGUGGGAGUGAUGGUGCGAUGAUGGUGCGAGUGAUGGUGCGAGUGAUGGUGCGAGUGAUGGUGCGAGUGAUGGUGCGAGUGAUGGUGCGAGUGAUGGUGCGAGUGAUGGUGCGAGUGAUGGUGCGAGUGAGUGAUGGUGCGAGUGAUGGUGUGAGUGAUGGUGUGAGUGAUGGUGUGAGUGAUGGUGUGAGUGAUGGUGCGAGUGAUGGUGCGAGUGAUGGUGCGAGUGUUGGUGGGAGUGAUGGUGUGAGUGAUGGUGCGAGUGAUGGUGCGAGUGAUGGUGCGAGUGAUGGUGGGAGUGAUGGUGGGAGUGAUGGUGCGAUGAUGGUGCGAGUGAUGGUGCGAGUGAUGGUGCGAGUGAUGGUGCGAGUGAUGGUGCGAGUGAUGGUGCGAGUGAUGGUGCGAGUGAUGGUGCGAGUGAUGGUGCGAGUGAGUGAUGGUGCGAGUGAUGGUGUGAGUGAUGGUGUGAGUGAUGGUGUGAGUGAUGGUGUGAGUGAUGGUGCGAGUGAUGGUGCGAGUGAUGGUGCGAGUGUUGGUGGGAGUGAUGGUGUGAGUGAUGGUGCGAGUGAUGGUGCGAGUGAUGGUGCGAGUGAUGGUGGGAGUGAUGGUGGGAGUGAUGGUGCGAUGAUGGUGCGAGUGAUGGUGCGAGUGAGUGAUGGUGCGAGUGAUGGUGCGAGUGAUGGUGCGAGUGAUGGUGCGAGUGAUGGUGCGAGUGAUGGUGCGAGUGAUGGUGCGAGUGAUGGUGCGAGUGAUGGUGCGAGUGAUGGUGCGAGUCAUGGUGCGAGUGAUGGUGUGAGUGAUGGUGUGAGUGAUGGUGUGAGUGAUGGUGUGAGUGCGGAAUCUCAAAAGUCGACUCAAUGCGGAUACGUGACUCAGAAGUGCUCCCUGUUCACCUUCGUGCUCGUGCGACAACAUUCGGGGCAGAAGGCAAGUGCUCCAUGCUCAGCUUUCGUGCACGUGAGAUAUGGUGUGAGUGCUGCUGUGAGUGCUGCUGUGAGUGCUGCUGUGAGUGCUGGUGAGAGCGCUGGCCUGACUUUUGAGAAUUCUCAAAAUUCAUUACAGUGUGACUAA